AUGAUGUUGUCGAGAAGCGUUAUUAUUUCCGUCCUCGCGGCUGUGGCUGUCGCAGCAGCUGUUGAUGAAUUUGCAACGCUGGUCGACCUCUUUCCGCCAGACAUCUCGAUAGGCGCCUCAAUCGUCGGCUCAGACGAUUCCGCAACAACCUACGUGGUUGCCUGCGCAACUUUCCCCGCCCCCAAUAAUGUUCAGGCGGACAAAUCUGCCUGCAGUGAAUUCGGCACCGUCACGAUGACACAGGGUCCCGAGACCUUUCACUAUGCGACGGCGACGGUCAUUACGGAACUCAAUCCCCCUGCAACAGUUACUGCCGACCUCGACUGCUCCUUCGCUGGAACCGUUUCCGCUGUCUGUACGCAGGUGGUGGACGGUAUUCCACCAUUGCCCACGGAACUGUCGGAGUUGCAGGCCCAGUUGGCCGUGUUCCCCAUGACGACGACUCUUACUGGCGACGAGAUGCCUCCGCUCGUGCCGGUGACGAUCACGGCUGGGGGGUCGGGUCAAGGCCAGGCGUCGGAGCAUUCAAUGUCGAGCGGGAUGGACCAUGCUACCAUGUCGAGCGGGAUGGAUCAUGCGACAAUGUCAGGGGGGGGCGGCAGACCGGGCACCACGAAUAAUGGAACCUCUGGACCGGCGCAAACCGGUGGUCCUCCUUCACCAACCGGUGCUGGGACGACGCAAUCUGGCUCCGCGAAUAAGGCAUGGGGUUCGGGUGCGGGAGUCGGAGUGGCAGGUGUUUUGGCGGCAAUCUUUGCAUUGUAA